AUGAGAGCAACCUCAGCCUCGCACAGGACCGAGAUCUCGUGCGCCUUCUUCAGUAGCCCCGACCUGCGCUUCGAGAAGGUCACCUGCCGAUUGAUGUUGUUCUCGAUCCUCUUGAGCUGCACCUUCCCCCUCCCCAUUCUCUCCCCGUCGCCAACUGUGGAACAGGAGGAGGACCGAGGUCGAUCUGAAAAGACUAGCGGGGGUGGAGGUGACUACGUCGUCGUCUAA